AUGUCCAAACCCACGGUUUUGUUGAUCGGGGGCCUGACACAUGUCAACAAAGAGUGGGAAGAGUAUGGCUCCAAAUAUGUGCUGAAAGAAUUCCGCAAAGGAACCCGGGCUCAGUUCUUGUCCAACUGCAAGAACGGCGAAUAUGACGGCAUUGUGGCUCUGUAUCGUUCAAAUCAUUCUGUCUCCCAGACUGGCCCUUUUGAUAAAGAGCUGGUGUCGGUCCUCCCGAAAUCUCUGAGAUACAUCUGUCACAAUGGUGCGGGAUAUGACAACAUCGAUGUGGAUGCAUGCACAGAGAAAGGCCUCCAGAUUUCCAGUACUCCGAUAGCUGUCGAUGACGCCACUGCCGAUGUUGGUAUUUUCCUGCUGUUGGGCGCCCUCAGAAAUGCCUGGAUACCUUUGACGGCCAUUAAAGAGGGCAAAUGGAAAGGCAACACACCCAUUGGACACGAUCCCAAGGGCAAGGUUCUCGGAAUCUUGGGCAUGGGAGGUAUUGGCAGGGCGAUGGCAAAGCGUGCACGAGCGUUCGGGAUGAAGAUUGCCUACCACAACAGGUCGAGACUGUCUCCAGAACUGGAGGAAGAUGCCACAUACCUUUCCUUUGAUGAGUUACUCGCCCAAUCUGAUGUCCUGAGCCUCAAUCUCGCCCUCAACGCCAAAACCCGUCACAUCAUAUCCGCCCCGGAACUCGCAAAGAUGAAGGAUGGCGUGGUCAUUGUCAACACGGCUCGAGGCGCCUUGAUUAACGAGAAAGACCUAGUUGCAGCGCUCGAGAGUGGGAAAGUGGCAUCGGUUGGACUAGACGUCUUUGAGAAAGAACCCGAGGUGGAGGAGGGCCUGUUGAAGAAUGACCGAGCCUUCAUUGUGCCGCAUAUUGGCACAAACACUUAUGAGACGCAAAGAGAGAUGGAGCUGUUGGUGCUGCAGAACCUGGAAAGCGCUGUGGACAAAGGAACGCUAUUGACGCCCAUACCGGAGCAAAAGAACAAGUCAAAUGGCCACUUAUGA